AUGAUCAAAAUAAUUUUCUGGUUGAACUUAAAGUUUUAUGUAAUUGGAGACUUUCAUAUUCCGCACCGCACUGCAGCCAUCCCACAGUUGUUCUUGAACCGCUUGAACACGGGCAGAAUCAAAAGUGUGUUGUGUACCGGCAAUUUGUGUGGGAAAGAGACUUAUGACAUCUUGCGCACUCUUGCUCGUGAUGUUCAUGCGGUUAAAGGAGACUUCGAUGAGAUGCCUGGUUUGAACGAGACGGAAGUGAUCAAAAUUGGGAACUUUAAAAUUGGGUUAAUUCAUGGCCAUCAGAUCAUUCCUUGGGGUGAUAAAGAGGCUUUAGCAAUUUACCAACGACAACUCGACGUCGACAUCUUGAUCUCCGGACACACUCACCAACUCAAGUCGGAACAAAUCGGGGGAAAGUUCUUUUUGAACCCGGGAAGUGCAACCGGGGCUUAUUCCCCUUUGAUCUCAAAUCCCGUCCCUUCCUUUAUGCUCCUUGAAAUCAAUGAUUCGGAGUUGUCUAUCUACGAAUACACCUUGAAAGAUGGCGUCGUCGACUGUGAGUUAGUCAAGUUCAACAAAGACGGCGAAGAAAAAGUCAAAGCAGAACCAGAAACUCAACAAGACAAACCAGUCGAAUAA